AUGGAAAACCCCAAACUAAUUUUUCUCUUCAUUUCAUUGCUCAGCAUCAUUCCAUGGCCUUCACAGUCAUCAUCAAAUUCAACCUGCCUCGAAACGGUUAACGAAAUCCGAUUCACUUAUUACGUUCAAGAUAAAACCUUAGGCGACGGCCAAAGUGUUUAUGCCGUGGCGAGGUCGAUCAUUACAGAUCAGGUUCCGUCUGGAUUCGGGGCCGUGUACGUAGUUGAUGUUCUAGUCACAUAUGGACCUGAAAUCACCUCAAAAAAAUUGGGCAGAAUCCAAGGGGUUACUGUGUCAUCUGACUUGAGAGAGGUAGCCUUGGAAACGAUUCUCAAUCUGGUUAUUACAGAAGGGGAGUGGAAAGGGAGCACACUCAGCAUUUUUGGAAGAAAUCCACUUUAUGACGAAGUGAGAGAGGUCUCGAUUGUUGGAGGCACCGGCGCCUUCAAUCUCGCUUGGGGCUACGCCACAACCUCGACUUAUUAUGUCAACAAGUAUGGGACUCGUGCCGUUUACAAAUACGAUGUUGUUGUUUAUAAUACGACAUUCGCGCUAUAG